AUGCGCUUCUCCCUCACCACCGUGCUCGCCUUCGCAGCAUCCGCUUCUGCUUGUUAUGGAAGUGGCCAGGCCUGGGGCGGCUCCAGGGACGCCGCUCUCCGAGCUGCCGAGGACCAAUGCAGGUCUUGGAACGGGGUUGAGUUUGGAGGCGGUGAGAACAAGUACGGCUGCAAAAAUCUCGGCGGCAACGUGAGGGUGGACUUUCGCAUGAGGAAUGGAGAUAAUGGCGGUCCCCGCCGUACACUCGACUAUGGUACCUGCGUCUCCCGUCUUCAGAGCCAGAUUCUGAACUGUAACUUCGGUGGCGAAGAUAAUCAGGGUGCUUGGAGACCUCGCGCCGACCCCAACAUUGGAAGUUGCUAA